AGUAAAGAGGUGAGGUUUGGAGGCUCCUCAGACAAAAUGCAGAGAGCAUCAGAGCUCUGCGGGACUUCAACAUGAGGACACACGAGUCCGCUAUUGGCCCCGUCACUGUCAGACUGCAGCACUUCUCCCACAUUUAGUUUGGAGGCUUAUAUCAGUGAAGAGACAACACAAAGUGGCAUCCAGACUGCUCAGAGGAGACACCGACCGGGAUGGGCUGAGUCUCCACGGUUCUCAUGUUGUGUUUAAGUGCACCACCCUGGUGUGUACUUUCCAUCAGUCCAGUCAGACUCUCUGUGCAACCCCUCUGUGUUGUGUUGAGAAGAAACAGAAUCUUGAUUAGAAAAAUGGCAGAAGUAGCUCCAGCCGCCUCGCCGGCCAAAGCAGCCAAGAAGAAGGUUUCCAAGCCGAAGAAGGCCGGCCCCAGCGUCAGCGAGCUCAUCGUUCAGACUGUGGCCGCUUCCAAGGAGCGGAGCGGCGUGUCUGCGGCCGCCCUCAAGAAGGCUCUGGCUGCCGGAGGCUACGAUGUGGACAAGAACAAGGCCCGUGUUAAGACCGCCAUCAAGAGCCUGGUGGCGAAGGGGACUCUGGUCCAGACCAAGGGGACCGGAGCAUCCGGUUCCUUCAAGAUGAACAAGAAGGCUGUUGACACCAAGGCUAAGAAGCCGGUCAAGAAAGCCGCUCCUAAAGCCAAGAAGCCCGCAGCGGCCAAGAAGCCCAAAGCAGCGGCAGCUAAGAAGCCAGCAGCCGCGAAGAAGUCCCCGAAGAAGGCCAAGAAACCCGCAGCGGUCAAGAAAGCAGCCAAGAGCCCCAAAAAGGCCACAAAGAGCCCCAAAAAGGCGACCAAGAGCCCCAAGAAAGUGGUCAAAAAGGCCCCUGCAGCCAAGAAAGCCCCCGCUAAGAAGGCUGCCAAGCCCAAAGUGAAGAAGGCAGCACCCAAGAAGAAGUGAGCUGUAGUCAGUCUCAUUAAGAAACGGCUCUUUAAGAGCCACCAAAUCCUCCUCAAAGAGCUUUUUCUUUUUUAAUCUUAUUCUGUAAUUAACAAGAAACUUUGGGAGCACACUUAAUUAUAUCAGGAGUAAUCACUACAAGAAAGUAGUUUACCUUUUAAAACCAACUAGCUCCUAAAUUUGUUCUUUUCAUAUAAAUAUCACAAUUGCUUCAGAAUCCCAGAGAAAGCAAAAGGUUUCACACAUGACUAUAAAAAUAAUCGUUUUAUUGAAAUAACUGAUAAACCAGUAAGGGAAAAUAAACCUUAAUUUAAAAUUAAGAGAAAAACUUCAUUAUUUAUACCAAAACAAGAACACUUUCACUUCUAUCCAAUGGAAGGACGUUACUAGAAUUGUUGGGGCUUUGUAAAGUAUAGUGUGGUCUAGAUCUACUCUGUAAAGUGUCUUCAGAUAAUGCUUAUGAUUUGAUACACACAUUGCUACAAAUUUAAGAUAAGAUUUUUAUUUAAAAAAGACAGGAUUAUUUGUCAUGGAAAAUUCAAAACAUUUUAGUUUUCAUUGUAGAUUUGUGAGCAAAUUUUAUCAAAUUAAACUGACCUAUAUUUAAGUGAAGGGGUCUCAACUUAUAUCAUGGAUCCGCUUAGUUUUAGGAAGAGUGGUUCUUUAAUAUGGUUAAAAAAAAGAACAAUGUGUGCUUAAAUCAUGCUAUCUCAUUUACAUUCCCCCCUUUUUUUACAUUAUGUUUGGAUAGUCAUACACAUCUCUUGUAGCCUAUAUCUCGUCCUGUUUCACUGUAUGACUUUAUGUUGAGCUGUUUCCAUUUACUUUACGGUUAAUCCUCAGUUACUAAAGAUAGUCUCAA